UUUUUUUUUUAAGAUUUAUUUAUUUAUUUGAGAGAGCGAGAAUGAGAGAGAGAGAGAGAGCACAUGAGAGCGGGGAGGGUCAGAGGGAGAAGCAGGCUCCCCGCUGAGCAGGGAGCCCGAUGCGGGACUCGAUCCCGGGACUCCAGGAUCAUGACCUGAGCCGAAGGCAGUCGCUCAACCGACUGAGCCACCCAGGCGCCCUUUUUUAAAGAUUUUAUUUAUUUUUAUUUGAGAGAGAGAGAAUGAGAGACAGAGAGCACGAGAGGGGAGAGGGUCAGAGGGAGAAGCAGACUCCCUGCCGCGCAGGGAGCCCGAUGCGGGACUCGAUCCCGGGACUCCAGGAUCAUGACCUGAGCCGAAGGCAGUCGCUUAACCAACUGAGCCACCCAGGUGCCCCUGUUUUGUUUUUUUUUUUAAGAUUUUUAUUUAUUUAUUUGAGAUAGAGAGAAUGAGAGACAGAGAGCAUGAGAGGGAGGAGGGUCAGAGGGAGAAGCAGACUCCCCGCCGAGCAGGGAGCCCGAUGCGGGACUCGAUCCCGGGACUCCAGGAUCAUGACCUGAGCCGAAGGCAGUCGCUCAACCAACUGAGCCACCCAGGCGCCCCUGUAGGCCUUAUGUUUUGAAUGAAGUGAGAGAGCACUGGAGUUCGACCAAGAGUGGGACAUCUUAGAACAUCAGCACCGUAAUGGCCAUAGCUGGAACAAUGUUACUUCUAAGAAGUGUUCGGAUGACAUCAAAAUUUACAAGUUCUUCAGAUAUUCCAGUAGAAUUUAUACGAAAGAAUGUUAAACUACGUGGACGAUUACGCCGAAUAACUGAGAAUGGUUUAGAAAUUGAGCAUAUUCCUAUCACUUUACCUAUUAUAUCUUCAUGGAAAAAAGAGCCAUGUGGUGUUUUGCUGGUUAAGCUGGCAGGAGUAGAACUCACUGAAACUGGGAAGGUGUGGUUACAAAAAGAGUUAAAACCUUCCCAACUGUUAUGGUUUCAACUUCUUGGAAAGGAGAAUUCAGUACUCUUUUGCUAUCUUCUAGUGAAUAAGGGUAGAUUUUUUAGUGUGAGUCUGAAUGAAGAAAUUUUGAGAAGAGGCCUUGGCAAAACUGUUCUUGUUGAAGGGCUAGAUUAUGAUUCUAAAAUCUACUGGACAAUUCACAGAAACUUACUUAAAGCCGAAUUAACAGCCUUAAAAAAAAGAGAAGGAAUAUGGAAGGAAGAAUCUGAAGAAAGUUAUUUGGAAAAAUUCAAAGGCUCCUGGAGAGAAAUAUGGAAAAAAGACAGUUAUUUUAAAAACAUUGGAUCAGAUUUCAAUUUGAAAAAAGAAGGUUAUUAUGACAAAUUUAGAAGGACUUAUGAAACAUGGAAAGACAACAUAAAUAACUACUCCUUAAUACUGAAAUUCAGAGAACUUAUGAAUCGCAUACACUUUCGUAGAAAAGGGUGAACUAUUCCAAGAGGUCUGGAGGUGACCCACUCAGAAAAGAGUAAAAUAUGUAAAUAUAUGGAUGUUUUUCAUUGAGUUGAAGUGGAAAUUUCUCUGAAUGAUCGAAGUUGCACUCUAAUGGUAUUUAAAUAUUUAAGAGAUGAUUGUUUUAAAUGUAGUAUCAGAAUAAUUUAAGCAAAUUGUGAUUAAUGUAAUAUGGUUUUAGGAAAAAUUGAAUACUCAAUAAAGUUACCAGGAUAAAGGAUGUGUACCUUUAGUGUUAAUAUUUGAAGAGAGAGUUUAACUAUUGGGCACUGUUAUUGUAGUUAUUUUCGGCAUCCAUAUUUAAUUUUUGUUGAAAGAGAGUAUUUGUUUACUUUUCCAGUUUUAUCAAUUUUGAUUACUUGUAAUAAACUAACUCUGUACACA